AACAGGCUGUGUUUAUUCCGUGGAUCGAGGUUUAUUCGUAAACAAUGAACUAUGCUCUCCUGUUCGUUCUGGUUGCCAUAUAUUCGUAUCAUUGCUUUAUGCAGCAAGUACAAAUACUGCUGUUGUUCCAGCAUGAAGCUCGCAUUCGGCACGAGAACAUUACACAGUCGUUUUUGGAACGGAGAAGAUGCAUUGCAAGACGUUAUCGGAGAAAGCGGGCGAUGCUCCACAACCUGAACCAACUCGUGUUUCGGAGACAUUUUCGCCAAUCUCUUGGGAGUGUGUGGACCUAUCAGAGACCUGGGAUCUGGUGGCAGUAUGUGAAUAACAACUGGACAGAUGUAGAGUGGAGUGCGAACUUCAGAAUGGGAAGAGCUACUUUCAACAAUCUAUGCAACAUGCUUCGUCCCUGGUUGACCCGUCAAAACACCAAAUACAGACGGGCUGUGUCCGUUGAACUUCGAAUAGGAAUAUGUAUUUGGAGGCUGGCCACCAACCUUGAAUAUAGGUCUAUUUCACAUUUAUUUGGUGUUGGACUUUCCACUUGUUGCCUUAUUACUCAAGAGGUGGUGACUGCUAUCAACAUUAUCCUAAAACCAAAGUACAUUAGGCAACCCACUGCACCCGAGAUGAAAGUUAUUGUGCAAGGGUUUAGAGACAAAUGGCGUUUCCCUCAGGUGGCAGGUGCUAUCGAUGGCACGCAUAUCAAAAUACGUGCCCCAACAGAUGACCCUGCCUCCUACUACAACCGGAAAGGAGACUACUCUAUUAUUCUUCAGGCUGUAGUCGACCAUCGCAUGAGGUUUUGGGAUAUUAAUGUGGGUCGUGCAGGUAAAAUACAUGAUGCUCGUGUAUUUGCACUGUCUUCUUUGUACCAAAGAGGCAUGAAUGGAACUUUACUCCUGGACUGGACGGAAAGAUUUGAGGGUGUUGAUGUGCCACUGGUUCUGCUGGGGGACUCAGCAUAUCCACUACUCCCAUGGCUCAUGAAACCCUACCCAGAGGGAGCAGGAGUCACACCAGAACAGAUCAACUUCAACUUCAAGCUGAGUCAGUCUCGCAUGACAGUUGAGCGUGGGUUUGGGCGCCUUAAAGGACGCUGGCGUUGCCUGCUAAAGGUUUGCGAUGCCCACAUUACGUUUGUCAGUCAGAUUGUCUUGGCGUGUUGUGUUUUACACAACUUUCUUGAAGUACAUCAUGAGGAUUAUUUUAAUGAAGAGACUGAGGCUGAGGAAGAGAUUGAAGCUGUUCCAGAGGGGAGAGGUGGUGAUAAUCAGCAACAAUCAGACAUUCGAAAUGCCCUGUGUAGAUAUUUUUCAACAUGGUAAAAAGUCAAGUCAUUUUUUUCAUUUUUAUGCCUCCAUUGUAAGAAUUUAUUAAUCAAUCAAUUGGACAAAAUUUGUGAAAU